AUGAAGACAAGGCCGAUGUACUGCCGCCUUAAUAUGAAUGCUCCGGUUCUACAAAUAUUUUUUGAUGAUCGUGACACCCGACAAGAUUUCAGGCUGAGCAGAGAGUCCCUGGCGGUGCUGCUGGACCUUCUCCACCAGGAAAGACGACAUGGAUGGGGUGCCACAAUAGAGACCUUGGUCCUUCUCUUUUGGCUGGCAAGUGGGACAUCAUACAGGGUGGUUUCAAGGAUGUUUGGGAUGCCUUGCUCCACUGUUCACCGCAUCGUUCAUCGAGUUACUGAGGAGGUGGUGGCCAUUCGCCACAGGGUCAUCUACCUCCCCAAGACCACUGACGACCUGGCGGCAGUAACUCAGAGGUUUGCAGGGCUGGCAAGACACAGAGCUUUUCUAAAAGCUGCUGGAGCAAUCGACGGCUGCCAUGUCAGGAUCAAGCCACCAAGCAGCUCUGAUGGUCAGUGCUAUAGGAAUCGCAAACUGUUUGCUUCUAUAAUCCUGCAAGCAGUUUGUGACCAUCUGGGCCGCUUCAUUGACAUGUACGUGGGCUGGCCGGGGUCGGUGCAUGACUCCAGGGUACUCCGGCACAGCCCACUGUACAGGCGGGCCAUCUACCCUCCUCCAGGGUACUUCAUCUUGGCAGACGGUGGGUAUCCGUGCCUCCAACAUCCACUCCCCCUCAUCACUCCCUACAAGCGGCCGGUACAAGGUGUGGGAGCCCAGCGCUUCAACAGCCAUCAUUCCAGGGCACACUCCAUCAUAGAGCGUGCCUUUGGGAUGAUGAAGACGAGGUUUAGGGCGAUCUUCCUCCAAGCACUGGAGGUGCACCACACCUUUGUGCCUCAGGUCAUAACAGCAUGUGCCGUCCUGCACAACAUCUGCCUGGGUGCUGGUGACAUCAUGGCCCCAGAGGAUGAAGUGCAGGACGACAUGCCGGAGGAUGAGGGGGAGAACGGGUUGGAGGCAGUCAGUGGUGCUCCAUGGUGGAACCAGCUGUCUGCCGAGGUGUCUGCCCUGAAGGAGGGUGUCCUUGACCAUGAUUACCUUUAG